AUGAGGUGGCUGUGGCUGAUGGGGCUGGCAGUAGCCACCCACGCCAUGAUGACAAAGGUCAUCUUGCAGCAGAGGAAGACAAAGCAGAGAGUGCUGAAGGACAGCGGGGUGCUGGGGGAGCUCCUGCUGCAGCAAGCCCUCUCCCCAGCAGUCAAACAUCACCGCACCACCACCACGGAGCUCUUGGAAAACUACAUGGAUCUGAGCUACGUGGGCACCAUCUCCAUCGGCACGCCAGCACAGCAGUUCUCUGUCAUCUUUGACACCGGCUCAGCCAACCUGUGGGUGCCCUCCGUGUACUGUUCCAGCCCGGCUUGUGCCAACCACCAACGCUUCGACCCGGCUCGUUCCUCCACCUACCGCAGCACAACCACCAGUGUGGCCACCUGGUACGGUACUGGCAGCAUGGUUGGUGUGCUGGCCUACGACACCGUCACGGUUGGGAGCAUCCAGGUGCAGAACCAGAUGGUUGGGCUGAGCCAGUGGGAGCCCGGCUCCUUCCUUGUCCACGUGCCCUUUGAUGGCUUCCUGGGGCUGGGCUUCCCCAAAAUUGCCUCCUCCGGUGCUACUCCGCUGUUUGACAACAUGAUGAGCCAAGGCCUGGUGGCUCAGGACCUCUUCUCCAUCUACCUCACCCCUGAUGAGCGGAAUGGCAGCUUUGUGCUCUUUGGUGGCAUCGACAGUUCCCACUUCACUGGGAACCUGAGCUGGAUCCCGCUGACUGCCCAAACCUACUGGCAAAUCAAGGUGGACAGAAUCACCAUGCAUGGCCUCCCCAUCGCUUGCAUCCAUGGCUGCCAGGCCAUCCUGGACAGCGGCACCUCGAUGCUGGCAGGUCCUGGUCUCAGCGUGCGCCACAUCCACCAUAAGAUGGGAGCCAUACGCAGCCCCAGUGGUCUGCACACAGUGAGAUGCAGCUCCAUUCUGCCCGACAUCGUCUUUGUCAUCGGUGGCACACCAUUCCCGCUGCCAGCCCAGUCCUACAUCCUCCAGAUGGAGGAUGGCUCCUGCAUAAGUGGCUUUGAAGCAUAUGCCCUGCCCGUGACCACCGAUGAGCUCUGGAUCCUUGGCAACAUCUUCCUGCGUUGCUACUACAGCGUCUUCGACAGAGCCAACAGCAUGGUGGGGCUGGCGCCGGCCGCCUGAGGCACACCACAGUCACAGAAUCGCAGAGCCAUGAAGGUUGGAAAAGACCUUUAAGACCAUCCAGUUGAAUUGUUGACC